AUGAGCUUCAAAGCCACUCCAGCUUUUUCCAGUCGCAUAAAGAAACCAAAGAAAGCUCCAGCAUUCAAGCGAAGCUCAUCAGGACUAAAUCCAUACUCUUCAUUAUCCUGUCGCAAACCAAUACAGAGGGCAGCGACGAAACCAGAGUCUACUGAACACGAAGAGGAGGAUUUUUUCGACGACAGACUGGACGAUGUUGGACUUGUUAAAUCCCUCGUAACGGAUCUUAUACUUCGCGAUGUCCCGCAAGCGGUGUUAUAUAUUAGAGGGAAAAUGUGGACUCCACUCCCAGAGCAAAGGACGGGAAUGAACUCUGCACGAAUCGCAGAGGUGCUGAACUUUCGAGCUUCUCAGUCUCCCAUCGUGACAGUUUCUUAUAUCCAAGCUCUUUUAGACUCGCCAACGGUGGUGGAGAAAGAGAUUGCAGAGUUAACGAGAGGAGGCGCAAUAAGAAAGAUUGUGGUUAAUGGGAGAGGACGUAUGGGAGAGGUGUUGAUACUGGUGGAAGCCAUGGAAACUAUGAUAGAAUCAAGAAAUAUGGAUUCGGAACUAAAGAAAAAGUUCAUUAUAUUGUUGCGGGGAAAUACUACCUCUCUGAAAUUGCCUUCCGGAUUUGCAGCAAAUGAGGUAAAAGAGCUGAUGAAAGCAGGAUUUAUAACCUUCUCAAAUCCCAGCUGAACAGUCACCGACGCCGUUACUAGACCUGGGGAUGGCUCGCGAGGGACUUUGACUUCUAUCGAUAGUAUCUCCAGAGCCGCGUCAGGUUCAAUGGCAGCAGUCGGAGGAGAGGGCGCCGUUCAUGCAGCUGGGGGAAGUGGAGGAGGGGCAAAAUCGUCGACUACUCAGGAAUACGAUUUGGCACUUCCUGGAGCAGGCCCCUUUUUAAAACUUUUGUCAAAUGCUCGGACUCACCUCCUGUCGUUGUUAUCGAAGUCUAAGUAUCGAGAAGCACCGGAGUCUCUCCUUCAUCAGCGAUGGGAUGGUGGAAUUGCCAUUGAAAACGAUACUACUGCAGCAAAGAGAAAUCGUGGCGAGUUUGCUGGUGUGCUGCCAGGACGUACUAGGAAAUGGAAGCAGUUUAAUGGGAUUUCCUUUGAAUGGAUUCUAGGGGAAUGUGUCGGAGCUGGACUUGUUGAGGUGUUCAAUACUGGGAGCGUUGGAAGGGGAAUAAGGGCAUUAUGA